AUGGAUUUACCUAAUCCAAUUGUUCCCGCAGAGCGUGGUUAUUUUGUUCUUGACCUGCAUGGUGUAGCUCAUGCUCUCACGCAACAGAAGCUAAAUUCAAAUGCUACCCCAAAAUUAUUGGAAGACUGGACUUCUGCUAACAAGGUUUGUAGACAUACUAUUCUCAAUACAUUGUCUAAUGAAUUGUUUGAUGUCUAUUGUUCUUAUAAGAAAACCAACAAAAGUUGGGAGUCUCUGAUUCUCAAAUAUACUGCUGAAGAUGUCGGAAGAGAGAAGUUCAUCAUUGGACACUAUUAUAAUUGGGAGAUGAACGAUGAAAAAGAUAUCAAGACUCAGAUCAAUGAAUACAACAAGCUGUUGAAAGACAUGAAAACUGAGAAGAUUAUACUGCCUGAGAAUUUUGUCGCUGGACUACUAAUUGAAAAAUUACCAGAAUCUUGGAAGGAUUAUAAGCAGCAACUAAAACAUAAAAUAAACACAACUGAACUUAUCACCCACAUUAUCAUUGAAGACACAAAUAGGAAGGAACUCAAGGCUACAAGGGUAAAGGCAUUGACAUCAAGGACAAACAUGAUACAAGCUAAUAACAAAAGACACAAGAAGAGAAGUGACAAUUCUCUAAAGCUAAAUGCAAAUUUGGUUGAAGGAGAUGAUGUUAUAGUUGCGGUCAUUUCUCAAGCCUUGCUAAUGGCUAAUGUGAGUAAUUGGGUGGUAGACUCUGGGGCUACCAAGCACAUCUGUGUAAACAAAAUUAUGUUUACUUCCUACAGUUCAGUGGGAGAUGGAGAGGAACAAGUGUAUCUUAGUGACUCAAGAACGGCUUAA